UGGGACAUCGUAAACAAUAAAUUGUACGAAAUAACGUAUACUGUCAUAUUAUUGUUCUUUCAUUCUCGAUCUUGCACAAGUUUGAGAAAUGUCCCGUCAUCGAGACGUACGGUGUAUGAAUUACUCGGAAGAGUAUGAAGGUUAUGAUGAUGUCUAUGGACAUUCUAUGGAGGAUGACUACUGUGUAUCUCCUAGUGCCGAACAAUUUUUAUUUGAUCGGAGUAAACAACAGAAUAUUGCAUCAUUUAUCACGGAACCAGAUAUAGUAGAAGACAAUGAGGAUGAUGAAGAACCAACUACACCUUCUAAUGGAGAAGAUGAAGUGCUUACAGAUUUAGAAAAAGCAAAGCUCAUGUCUUGCAUGGAAACUGUCAAAAAUAUUAUAGGGGACACAAUACCUGAUUCUGAGAUAAAGAAAAAAAUUGUUCAAUCAAAUUUUGAUGCAGAGGCAGCACUGGAUUUAGUUUUAAAAGAAUCUUCUCCAAAAAAUGUUGUUCAACCAGAUACAAUUAAUAAGGAUAACAUGGAACAUUACCCAGGUAAAAAAUUACCGUCCAAACCCACAUUUCAAGCAACAACACCUUCAAACGUGAAAAUUAUUCCUGUCGGAAAACGAUCGGUAGUGAAGGGCUUUGAUUUAAGUGGAACAGAGAAUGCAGAACAACUGAAUACUCGUAUUGAAAGUCCUCGUUCUCAGAGCCCAUUUGCUAGUUAUAACAGUCCAGAAACGAAAAGAAAGGAACAUGUACCAAGGGAGAAGAAAAUAAUUUCUUCAAAUACAAACAGUCCGCGAAGUCAAUCUCCAGUGAUAGGACAUGUAGGUUCUGACUUGGAUUUUAAAGUAAAAACCAAUGAAGAAAAAGUUGAUGCUUUAAAGGUAUAUAAAAGUAAAAGAGGAGAUAGCAAAGAACAGUUACAUCUGGUAGUGGUCGGACAUGUAGAUGCAGGUAAAAGUACAUUAUUGGGACGACUUCUGUGCGACUUGGGACAAGUACCGCAAAGAUUGAUUCACAAGUAUCAGCAAGAAAGCAAGAAGAUAGGAAAACAAUCAUUUGCUUAUGCAUGGAUUCUUGAUGAAACAGGAGAAGAACGAGAACGAGGUAUAACAAUGGACAUUGGUCACUCAAAAUUUGAAACAGAAACAAAAUCCAUUACUUUAUUAGAUGCACCUGGACAUAAGGAUUUUAUACCAAAUAUGAUUACUGGUGCUACUCAAGCAGACGUGGCUUUAUUGGUGGUGGAUGCUACAAGAGGAGAAUUUGAAACUGGUUUCGAUAGUGGAGGACAAACCAGAGAACAUGCAUUACUGUUACGUUCAUUAGGUAUAUCACAACUAGCAGUGGUAGUAAAUAAGUUAGAUACAGUAGACUGGUCGAAAGAUAGGUUUAAUGAAAUAGUCGACAAAAUCAAUGUAUUUUUAAAGCAGGCUGGAUUCAAGGAUAAUGUUGCCUUUGUUCCUUGCAGCGGUCUAUCUGGUGAAAAUAUUGUAACAAAAUCUAAAGAAGCUUUAUUUAACUGGUACACAGGGCCUACACUAGUCAGUGUUAUUGAUAAUUUCAAGUGUCCCGAACGCCCUAUAAACAAGCCGUUUCGGUUUUCGGUUAAUGAUAUAUUUAAGGGUACAGGAUCUGGAUUCUGCGUUUCUGGUCAUGUAGAAACAGGCAUGAUAUCUUUAGGCGAUAAAGUUUUAGUAUUACCAGGGAACGAAGUCGCACUGGUUAAAGGUUUACAAGUAGAUGAGGUACCUAUGACGAAUGUAUUUGCUGGAGAUCAAGUUGCUUUAACCUUAUCGGGAAUCGAACAACAAAAUGUUGGAAUUGGAGAUAUUAUUUGUAAUGCACAGAACCCAGUUCCUGUAACUACCUGUUUUCAAGCGCAUGUAGUUGUAUUUGCAGUUAAAAUCCCAAUAGUCAAAGGUCUUCCAGUCGUUAUGCAUCAACAGUCUCUAGUGCAGCCAGCUGUGAUUACAAAAUUAGUAGCCCAACUGCAUAGAGCUACUGGUGAAAUAACAAAAAAGAAACCACGUUGCUUACCAAAAAAUUCAAGCGCUAUUAUCGAGAUUACGACGCAAAAUCCGGUAUGUAUGGAAAUAUACAAAGACAUCAAGCAGCUAGGUAGAGUGAUGUUCCGAGUUGAAGGAACAACCAUUGCAGCUGGACUUGUUACCAAAAUUAAGCAGUAAUAAAAUAGUUUUGCAUCUUCAAACAUCUAGAACCAUACAUAUAUUGCAGUUAUUGUAAUCACAUAUUGUGGAAGUUAUGCAAAAUUUAAUGGAAUUA